AUGGCUGCUGUCCGCCAAGGCUGCUCCAACGUCUUCAGCAAGGCCACGGGGGGCGAGAUCCCGGCCAUCAAGCUGCGCCCCGGGGUGGCACUGCCUCAUGUGACCCUGCCCACGACGGAGGGAGGUCGCGUGGAGCUGGGAGCGCCUACCGGAAGGUGGCAGCUGGUGGUGGUCUACCGUGGCCAGCACGAUCCCCUGGACCUGACUUACCUGGCUGCUCUGCAGCACCUCUACCCUGAGUUUGAGGAGCUGGGAGUGGAUAUCUCCGCCGUGUCAGCCGACACCCGUGGCAAGGCCUGCAGCUUUGUGGAUGACCUGAGGGGUGCCGUCCUGGCGGUGAGCCCCGACACCAAGGCCGGACGCAUUGGCUUCAAGGUCGCCUACGGCCUGAACGAGGAGCAGAUGCUGCGCUGGGGACUGUAUGUCUCCAAGCCCCUGGGCCCCGAUGAGUCCAGCUCCCUGUUCUCUGAGCCGGCCCUGUUUCUCAUCAACCCGGCGGGUCUGCUGCAUGUCGUCACCUACUCCAACGCCAGCUUCGCCCGCCCCGACCUGAAGCAGAUCGUGCAGGGCAUCCAGUUUGUGCAGGACCGCAAGCUCCCCAUCCGCGGCACUUUCCAGUGA